AUGGCUUCACAACUAGUUCGUUCUGUUGCUCGAGCAACUCUUUCUCGAGGAAAUGUAGUGCGAGCUAUUUCGACAAGCAGUACCCUAUCUGCCAAAGACAAUGUUAUGGAGAAAUGGCCUGCCGAGAGUAAGCUUUAUAGCCUAUUAACCUCUAUUUAG